CCUUUCCAACUCCACACCGAGACCCCUGAGAAAAUCUGCCUCCAUUUCUUCCAUGUGAAUGAUACGAUGACUGUAAAUGCCUCCCUGCAGUUUAACCAGGGAAGCACAAACCUCUUCAACGGGCUUGUGGUUGACAAGGACAUGUUCCACUGUGUUUCUUUCACUAUCCCUGGGGCUUCCCUUUAUGACGGGACUGUGCCACUCUUUGUCGGCAUCCGAAGACAUAUCGUUCAAUUAAACACAAAGAUAAUGGUGCUGGUGAAGAACACAGAAAACGUUGACUUUGUCCAGACAGACAAACCGAUGUACAAGCCAGGACAGACAGUCAAAUUUCGGAUUAUCUCUAUGGAUAAAAAUCUACGCCCCCUGAAUACAUUGUUUCCUCUGGCUUACAUUGAGGAUCCAAAGAUGAACCGAAUUAUGCAGUGGCGGGAUAUCAACACAGAGAACGGGUUCAAGCAACUGUCUUUCAGCCUGUCAUCAGAGCCCAUCCAGGGAUCCUACAAGAUAGUGAUACUAAACCAAUCAAGAGUGAAGAAACAGCACCCCUUCACUGUGGAAGAAUUUGUGCUUCCCAAAUUUGAAGUUCGAGUCAAGGUCCCAAAGGCCAUCUCUAUAAAGGAUGAAAAAAUGAAUGUGACUGUAUGUGGAGUGUAUACCUAUGGGAAGCCUGUCCCAGGACAUGUAAACAUAAGCAUAUGCCAUAAGUGUCAGGGCUCCGGCUUCAAGGAGAAGAAUGAAUGCAAAGAAGUCAGUUACCAGCUAGACAACAGAGGCUGCAUCACACAAGAAGAAAACAUUACGAUGUUCAACCUAAAUAAAACAUAUAUUCGAGCCCAGCAUUUUCAUGUCAAUGCAAAGGUUAUUGAAGAAGGGACAGGAUUUGAGUUCAGUGGAUCUGGAACAACGAAAAUUGAAAAAAUCAUAACCAAACUCAUAUUUGUGAAAGCAGAGUCACACUUUAGACACGGGAUUCCCUUUCUUGUGAAAGUCCGCCUCGAGGAUCUCCAGGGCACUCCUAUUCCCAAUGAGCAAGUCUUCUUCAAAGUACAAUCUGGCUACUCCCAUGCUACCACCACUGACCAUCACGGCCUGGCAGAGUUCUCCAUCAACACCACCAGCAUUGGGGGUCAUUCCCUCAGUAUCAAAGUGUACCACAAGGAGGAAUAUGUUUGUGGGAGUUUCCUUUGCAUGGCAGAAGAAUAUGGGGUAGCACACCAUGUGGCCUACAGUGUUUAUUCCAUCAGCAAGAGCUAUGUCUACCUUGAGAAGGAAGCCAGCAUCUUGCCCUGCAGCCAGAGUCACACAGUUCGGGCACAUUUUAUUCUGAGAGGGACUGCCUUGAGAGUGCUGAGAGAGCUCAGUUUUUACUACCUGGUCAUGGCCCAUGGCAAGAUCAUCCAAACUGGAAGCCACACUCACCACAUGGAGGCACGAGACCCAGGAAACCGCAACUUUACCUUGGAGAUCCCUGUGGAGUUCGGCAUGGCCCCUGUGGCUAAACUGUUCAUCUAUGCCAUCUUGCCUGAUGGAGAAGUGAUUGUAGAUUCUGCAAAUUUUGAAAUUGAAAAGUGUCUUCUCAACAAAGUGGACCUAAGCUUCAACCCAGCCCAAAGUCUUCCUGCCUCACAGGCCCAUCUGCGUGUCACAGCUUCUCCUCAGUCCCUCUGUGGCCUGAGAGCAGUGGACCAAAGCGUGUUGCUCCUGAAGCCUGAAGCUGAGCUCUCUCCUUCCUGGGUAUACAACCUGCCAGAAAUGCAGCACAAGGACUCUAAACAAAGAUCCCACGAGGAGCUCGAAGACCUAGCGCAUUGUGUCUGGCAUAGAGAUAAGGCCCGUGAGGGCGUCACACACUCAGUAAGAGAAGAAAAUGAGAAAGACGUCUAUGAAUACCUGGAUGACAUGGGUUUAAUGGCAUUAACCAACUUGAAGAUCAAACAUCCCAAAUUAUGUAUACCAAUAGCAGCUGAACGCUUUAUAGUAAAAACAUCUCCAUCACAUGAGAAGGCACAGCUUGAAGAUUCAGUUGCUGAGACCAUUCGAAAAUAUUUCCCUGAAACCUGGAUCUGGGAUUUAGUCACAGUAAACUCCUCAGGAGUAGCUGACAUGCAAGUGACGGUCCCUGACACCAUCACUGAGUGGAAGGCCGGAGCCCUCUGCCUGUCCAACGACACUGGACUUGGCCUCUCCCCUGUGGUAUCUCUCCAAGCCUUCCAGCCCUUCUUCGUGGAGCUCACGAUGCCCUACUCUGUGAUCCGUGGAGAAGCCUUCACGCUCAAGGCCACUGUGCAGAGCUACAUUCCUUCGUGCAUCCGGGUGAGAGUGGAGCUGGAAGCCUCUCCUGAUUUCACAGCUGUCCCAGUGGCAAAAGACCAAGAUUCUUACUGCCUCUGUGCCAAUGGGAGGCACACCGAAUCCUGGUUGGUAACUCCCAAAUCUUUAGGGAAUGUGAAUUUCUCUGUGACUGCAGAAGCACGACAGUCCCCAGAGGCCUGUGGCUCUGAUGUGCCUACAGUGCCUGAAAUGGGGAAAAGGGACACUGUUGUCAAAGUCCUGAUAGUUGAGCCUGAAGGAAUUAAGAAGGAGCACACCUUCAGUUCACUCUUCUGUGCAUCAGAUGCUGUGCUAUCAGAAAACUUGUCCCUGGUGCUCCCACCAACAGUGGUGACCGAUUCAGCCAGAGCCCAUUUCUCUGUGUUGGGUGAUAUCUUGGGUUCAGCCAUAAAAAACACACAAAACCUUCUCCACAUGCCCUAUGGCUGUGGGGAGCAGAACAUGAUCCUUUUUGCUCCUAACAUCUACGUACUGAAAUACCUGAAUGAAACCCAACAGCUGACCCAGAAGAUCAAAUCCAAGGCCCUUGACUACCUCAUUGCUGGUUAUCAGAGGGAGCUGAACUACAAACACAAGGAUGGCUCUUACAGCGCCUUCGGGGAUAAAGGAAGCCAGAGUGAAGGAAACACUUGGCUCACAGCCUUUGUGCUCAAGUCUUUUGCCCAAGCUCGAGAGUUCAUCUUUAUCGAUGAGAAGCACAUCACUGAUGCCUUCAAGUGGCUCUCCCAGCAGCAGCAGGACCACGGCUGCUUCAGGAGCUCUGGACGGCUGUUCCACAAUGCCAUGAAGGGAGGAGUAGAAGAAGGAGUGACCCUCUCUGCCUAUAUAACCAUUGCCCUCCUGGAGAGCUCCCUCUCAGACGCACAUCCUGUUGUCUCCAGAGCCCUGACCUGCCUAGACUCAUCCUGGAAGACAAUAGAGCAAAGGAAAACCCACAACUCUGCGUACACCAAGGCACUGCUGGCCUAUGCUUUUACUCUAGCAGGGAACCAGGACAAGAGAAAGGAAAUCCUGAAGUCACUGGAUGAUGGUGCUAUAGAAGAAGGCAACUCCAUCCAUUGGGAGAAUCCUAAGGAACCCAGGAAAUCGGAGGAGUCUCUGUAUGAGCUCCGGGCUCCCUCUCCUGUAGUGGAGAUGAAUGCCUAUAUUCUCCUGGCUCUUGUAGCUGCCCAGCCAGCCCCGAGCCCCGAGGACAUGGCUUUGGCAAUGCGCCUUGUGAAGUGGCUCACAAAGCAGCAGAAUCCCUAUGGCGGCUUCUCCUCCACACAGGACACCGUGGUGGCUCUCCAUGCUUUGUCCAAGUAUGGAGCACUAACUUUUUCCAGAAGUCAGAAAACGUCUUCGGUGACCAUCCAAUCAUCAGGGGCAUUUUCCCACAAGUUCCAAGUGGAGGACAGUAAUCGCCUGUUACUGCAGCAGGUCCCAUUACCAGACAUUCCUGGGGACUAUAAAAUUAACAUGACAGGGGAAGGAUGUGUGUAUGCUCAGACGGUGCUGAGAUACAAUGUGCACCUGGAGAAGCAGCAGUCUGCGUUUGCUCUGCAUGUGCAGACAGUACCUCUAACUUGUCAUAACCCCCAAGGACAAAACAGCUUCCAGAUCCUGCUAGAGUUCAGUUACACAGGGAGCCGUCCAGCCUCCAACAUGGUGAUUGCUGAUGUGAAGAUGGUGUCUGGUUUCAUUCCAUUGAAACCAACAGUGAAGAAACUUGAGAGAUCAGAGCACGUGAGCAGAACAGAAGUGAGCAACAACAAUGUCUUGUUAUACGUGGAUCAGGUGACCAAUCAGACACUGGCCUUCUCCUUCAUCGUUCAACAAGACAUCCCAGUAAGGAACCUGCAGCCUGCCAUUGUGAAAGUCUAUGACUACUACGAGACAGAUGAAGUGGCUUUUGCUGAAUACAGCGCCCCCUGCAGCACAGGUGAGCCCCUAGCACUCCUUGCCACAAGCCUGUCUCUGACCUCCUUCCCUAUAAAAUUACCCAGAACUUUUGUUAGGUGAGCUCAGACCCCUCUC